UAUUUUACUAAAUCUUUUGUUAAAGAUUGUUUAUUGUUACGUUAUUAAUGUACAUACAUUUCUAUAGAUAAAAAAAGUAUUAUUAUGAAAGAGACAUUACAUCGUGUAAAAUUCUUAUUUAACAAAUUUUAUUUGGAGCGUGAAUAGGAGGAUAGAGUUGCUAUGACGACAAACAUGAAAACAGAUGGAUGUACCACUUUUAUCUUGCAAGUGCUAUUGUAUUGUUGGCUUUUAUGUUUUGUUAUUUCUCUGCACCUGACUUUAUUUUUUGUUUCUGACAUGUCUGGCAAAGUAGUAAAUCGAGAGAAUACCAGAGAGUUAGCCUUGAAAAUUGCCACAGAAGAAGAAAAACGAAGAAAAACUGAUCCUACUGAAAGUCACGAAAAGUCACUCAUCAUCGUUGGAAGUAAAGAAGUGGGAAAAACGACUAUGAUUUACAGAUUUUUAGAAAAAGAAGAUACACCCAAGGCAACCCUUGCCAUGGAUUAUUCUUACGGGAGAAAAGCUGGAAAAAGUUUAAUAAAGGAUGUGGUGCACGUGUGGGAAAUCGGUCAUCUGACAUCGUCCUUGGUGGCAACUGCAAUGUCAGGCUCUGCCCUCAGUCAUUCGCCGUAUCACACAACGAUCCUGAUAGUGCUCGAUCUAAGUAAGCCGGAAAUCCUUUGGAAUUCCUUGGAAGAGUGCCUCGACGCUCUAAGGAAGGCCAUGAAAAUAAGCUACUCGGACGAAUUGGUGCGGGAAAUGCUGGAGCAGAAGAAAAAGACAUUAAAAGAGCCGACGGCCGAUCUGUUCCCAAUGAAGGUGUGCCUGAUCGGGGGCAAGUACGACGCGUUCCGAGAGUUGCACGUCGACGACCGCGAGCUCGUGGGCCAAGUACUAAGAGCGACCGCUCACACGUUGGGCGCGGGUCUACACUACCACUCGGCCAAGGACGCUCACCUGCUGCGCAAGACCAAAGAGCUGCUCUCGCAGUACGGAUUCCGGGGCCAAGUCGCAAGGGCGAGCGUGACGGACUACGAGAAGCCGCUUUCGGUGGUCGCGGGCAGCGACUCCUUCGACGCGAUAGAUCUGGGGUACUCCGUUGGAAAGCCCACCACGACUUUGGACGCCAUCGGGCAGAUCUACGUGACCCGCUUCCCCCAGGACUCUGGGGAGCCCGGGGCCGGCGUCGACGAGUCGAGCCAAGAAGCCGCCGAGCCGCUCGUCGAUCGGUUGCGGCUUCAACGCGAGCAAGAAAUCAGCGUUCUGUUACGCCAAAUGCUCGAGGCCCCAAGUACCAACAUCCCGGUUCCUGAGCCUUACUGA